CGAGGCGCAUCGGCUCUACUGUACGAGACAUCUGUCAGUGUGCCGAGAGCCGGAUGUUUAUAUGAAAUAUUCAUUGCAUGGAUAUAAGGUUUAAUGUGUGCAAAGAUAAAAGAAUGACCACCGGUCACCAGGGACAGGAUAUAUGGAGAGGGAUUAAGUACAGACCAGUCAAUAUUCAGUGAUGAUAAUCUGCAGGCUCUGCUAUUGACACGGUUACCAUGGCGUUCCUUGGAUACAGUGAUGAUUUUGACCUAGAUGAUGAUGGAAUCCUGCGAGACUCUGCUUCAUCUGGAGGUAUACUUAUUGACGACGAUGGAAUUGUAAGAGAUGAUUUUGAUGCUCAGAGCAAGUACACCUCUCGGAGUUCUACUACCCACUGGACAGACUCGGGACUAGGGGGAGACAAACAGUCAGGUGGCAGCACCUCCACUAUCCGUCAGUUUGACCUUCAGUCUUACCCCAGCUAUGAGGCUUUAGAGGACAGUCGUGUGAACAUCAGUGACCUUGAAGCCUCCAAAGAUGACCUCAGUUUUGAGGGGGAUGCAUUUAGAAACAGUUUUGACAGAGACAUAGGUUAUGAUAAUGGUAAUAUCCCCUCACCAGCUGGAAAACACCACAGUGACCUUCAGAGUGGGCUCAGCAGCAGAAGCAGCUUUGAACAUUCUUUGACAUUUGAUGAUACAAAUGAUAAUUUCAAAAGUACAACAGACUCUGGAAAUAAGGAAUUGUUUGAUUCUGAUUACUAUAAACAGUUGGAGGAACUAGGUGUUUUAAUUGAUGGUGCAGAACUCGCUGAACCUUUGGCUUCUCUUGAUGAAUUUGAAAUAUUAGAAGAUCAUGUAUCAAGAGAAGAUAUUGAUUAUUCUCCAGAAGAGAACAACUCUCUUGAUAACUUUUUGAAGAAAACUCCAAUCAGAAGUCCAGGCAUUGGAGGGUUUCAUGGUGAUAGGGGAGACAACCGUGAGGAAUACGAACCACCUGAAGAACGUCAAACACAUACACGGCCGAACACAGCAAGUUCAGCCCGGACAAUAAGUAGUCGAUCUUUUCCUGAGAUAUCACCAGAGGAAGCAUUAAAGUAUUACAAUGAGAGAGUAAGUGAUCCAGACCAGGAGCUAGAUUUUGGAGUAAGAGAUGCUGAAAGCAUAGACUUUGAGGAAUCUCACCGUACCGGAGAUGAUGAUGAGAUAUUUGAUAUAACUAGUAGAAUAUCAGAUGCUCCUAAGCCAGCCAAACGACGUGCCUAUGGUUCGGAGAGAGAUACCCCAUCUAUGCUGACACCAAGUUUUGGCAGUAGGUCGGGCAGUCGUCAGAGUCAUGAUGGGAGUCAUUCUAACACACUGCAUGACAAAAAAGGUCAGUUACUAAGGAGACCUAAUUCUCGAAGUAGUGAUAGAUCAUUUGAUCAUAAUGAUUCGUUCAUGAGCAACCAUUCUAAAGAGAGUAAUCAGUUGCCUAGACGCCCAAAGUCUCGUGAGGAAAGAUCAUUUGAUCAUAAUGAUUCUUUUUUAAGUAACCAUUCAUAUGCUUCUCGUACCAGCAGAGAUGGUUCUCUAACACCUGUAUCCACGGGAGUGUUCUCUGAGUCUCACUAUGAGGCUCGACCUGGGUCACUGACCCCGCGUAACACUAGCCAAUCAGAAAUCACAAGACCAGAUUCUUCUGCCAGUCAGAGGUCAGCAGCAUCAGAAACAUUGUCAGCAAGGUCAAGGCAAAGGUCAUCACAUAAUACUUCCAGAGAAGACAACCCAUCGCUGUCAAAAGCCAGGUCACAGGAAAGCUUCUUCCAUGACUCGGAACUUCAACCUGUCAGAUCUGCAGAAAAGUCGACUCCAGACAAAAUGCCAAAACGUCUGCUACCAAAACCCAAUUCUAAUGAAGUUAGUCAGUCUUAUCGGGUCAAAAGCAAGAGCACCACCAACAUUGCUGCCAAAACUGGUCCUGUUAAACCCAAACACAUGUCUGUAUCGGACCUGUCACGAGUACAGUUGGAAGAACAUGAAAGUGAGGCCCAAAAUUCUACCUCUGACAAAUCGAAAAAUGAGCUCUCAUCAAAAUUAAAUCAGGAAUUCCAUAAAAGAAAACAGGCGACAGAGCUUGUUCAGCAACUUCAAAAGGACUAUGAUAAACUGUUAUCUAAGUAUGCCAGUGCUGAGCUUACCAUUGACCAGUUACGCCUGGGGGCACGGGUCACAUUGCACUCAAACUCACCGACCCCAAGUCAGGCCACCACAGGGUCACUUCAGUCACUGCAGCAACCACAGGUCAUGCAACUCAAUCGUGGGGUCAAGUCACCGUCUCCCUUCCAGGGCUCCCUGGGAUAUGCCAGUCCAAUGUCAGUUGAUAGUACCGCUGCUGACUCUUACAAUGACCAAGGACAAGGAUCAAAGAACAAGUUCAGAUCGCAGUCCGAGUCUGCACUUACCAAUGGUAACGCGGAGAGGGAGGCACGUAACAUGGCGCUAUCGUCGGAAAAUGGAGCAGAAAGUGUUAGGCUUGGUCUUACCUUUCAGGCCAAUGGCCUUGAUGACAGGAUGGAAUCUUUCAAAACUUUGUUGGAUGAACAGCAAUUGACGCAUGAUGAACAAGAAAAAGUGUUUGAAAAAAUUCGGACAGAUCAUGAAAAAUUGCGUCGUGAUUAUCUCCAAUCAAAAGAGGAUUAUAAUGUGUUAAAACGUGCAAAUGCCAAUGUAGGUGAUGUGAAUUUUGACCAAGAAAAGGAGCUUGAAGGGGAAUUAUUUAGACUUGGAAUGAAAUUUGAUGAAAUUCAUGAAAAAGUGGAUGAGAAUAGGCAAAAGAAAUCUUCAGAACGACAGCCUUUUCAGAGUAACCGUACACAAUCGAAUGGUGAUAUUUCAUUGGAUAGUAGUGAUGUUGAAGGUCGAGCCAUAGAUCAUACCAAAAAGAAAAUGGUUAGUGUAAUGGCUGGCGAUGACCUUGUCAAGCCACAAAAAAAUCAGCAGUUUCAGGACACCGUUAAUCGUCUGCAUGUGGAGUACAGCAACCUAAUGGACAGGUACCGCCGACUCAAACAGAUGGCACAAACACCUGAACGAGACAAGGAAAUAGACAACUUAGUCAAGAAAUUGAAAGCACAUCUUCAAGGCCUAGAGAUCUCAUUUGCCUCUGAUGUAAGCCAAACAGGUAGUGAUUUAGACGAUGAACCGGCCAGGUGGGAACAACUUCAGGAGAGAGACGAGGAUGGGAGGCGAAUGUCAGUUGCCUCCCCUGCCAUGGGACGGCGCCCCAGCCAACAGGUGCAACAGCAUGAACAGAUGGCCAGUGUCCAUAACCAUUCAUUUACCAGGGGACGAGAUACACCAACCAGUUCCCAUAACUGGUCCAUGGACAGGUCCUACUCGGAAUACAACGGAGACACACCUCGUGGCCUACCCAGGGACAACAGCCUACAUCAGUCUAGCAGCAUCAGCAGCAGUCGUAGCAGCCUGUGUUCACGUGGGACCCCACGGGAUCCAGACAGAAACUCCCCCAACCCCAGGCUCCCCCGACCCCGCAGGCACGACCACCCUGACAGGAAACACGGACUCAAAAAGAGACCGGAGGCAGGAAGUCUCAGUAGUCUUGGUGACAGUGGUAUAUCGGAGCAUGACAACACUAACGGAGGCGGAGCCACUGCUGGCAAUCUGUCCAGCCUCCCUGGUCCAGGAAAAUUCAAGCAAAUGACAAAACAAAGAAAUGCUCCUGAUGCCGACAGUGGUUUUAUUGGUUCAAUGGUAGGGUCAGAGGUCAGUCAGAUGUCAUCACGGCAACAGCAACUGCAGCAACAGGACCAAGCCCAACCUUCAUUACGGUUACGACACCAAGCAGAUACUGAUGAAAGACCAAGGUCAAGAUCACGUGACAUGGAUACAGCUUCAGUUACAAGUUCAAGGUCAGCCAGGUCUGGGAGAUCAAGACAGGAUGACCGACCUUCAUCUCGAGGGUCACUGAGGUCAGGAAGUAGGAGAGAUAUGACUACGGAUAUGAGUCGAGAUUUCACAGAUGAUAGUUACACCCUGACGGAAAGUGAUGUGAGUUUCGACUCUUCCCAGGUUUCUCGUCGUAGCAGACAACGACCUCGCAGUAUGGUGGAGGCCUCUAUACAGGAAGAAGAAGAAGGUGGAGAUACAUUAAGAUCUGAGGAGAAAGCCACGGUUAAUUUGGGUUGGCUAGCUGACUUGAGGGGACGUCCUCCAGCCACUCCCAGACAACAGCAAACAAAACAAAGUCAAAAGUCACGAGUAGAACCUCAUCAACCAAUCAUUCGUACCCCUGGCAAACCUGCCAAGUCAAAAGCGGAUGUCUCCAGAUCAUCAUUAAACAUAUCUGGGGAACACCUUACACCACGAGCUACACCCAAUGUCAGUUUUAAUGAAAGCCAGGAUGUCUUUUUAUCAGGGGAAGACACCCCAAGGCAGGAAGCUCAGGAAAUUUACAGGGAAGAGCCAAAAGUAGAGGCACAAAAACCUGCCACUGUAACCAGGCAAUCACAAAAACAUCGCCGCCCACAGACACCACCAGUGGCCAAGGUUGAGAGACCACCUACUCCAGGGGCCAAAGGUAAGGAGGUCAGUGGAGGUCACCGAGGAAACAUGAAGACCCAAGAAAGACCAACUGAACAGACAAGACCCAAGGUGAUGGAGGACAGAAGUGUCGGUUCAGACAGUGAUGACACUUUGGAAGGAUCUGAGGCAGCUACAGUGGCAACUAAGGCAUCAGAAGGAAGUGAGAAAUUCCGGAUUCUACAGGAUGAGAUUGGUCGACUCAGGGAUGAAUUCCAAAAGGCAACAGAACAGCAACGCCACCAGAUGAUACAACAGCACCAACAACACACCCAACCACAGCCACCACAACCUCCACAACAACAACAGCAGCAGGACGAUUAUCAUUUCUUUGACCCUACAGAGGAUGCCUACGCUUUCAUGAGAGGUCCUCGUAGAAGAGCAAAUUCUUUCUCAGGAGCAGGCGUAAGAGAUUGGGAUGAUUGGUGGAAGUACCCCCUAAAUAACCCCAACGAUGGAGCGGAGAUACCUCUGGGUUAUGCUGCAGCAGAUUCAUAUGCCACACCAAGGAGACAAGCGGCAGCGGCCGCUGCUGCAACAGCUGCUGCAUUGGAAACAGGUCAAGAGGUACGCCCUAGGGGUCGACAUCGUAUCAGAAAAAAGUAUCGCAAGACAACUUCAGAGAAUGCAGCGCAGACACAAGCUGGUUAUGAAUCUGAUCAGUCACCAACAAGAGCCACAGCCUCUACUGUCACUGAUGACCAGUUGUAUAAUUAUUAUUUGCCACGAUACCAGCACCCUACUCAGGUGGCAGCCACUCCACAGCAGGGCACACAGAGGGCAGCAAGGUACAGCUCCCAGCCGAACCUCUACUAUGCAGCCUAUCCCACAGCCUAAUACCCAGCCCCAAGUGUAUGCAGCACCACCACAACCCACCCAAACUCAGCAAUACACACCCAGAACUGCCAACUAUUCCACCCCCAUCUCCUGCUGGGUUAUGGUCUCAGAGCACGGCAGCAGCCACAACAUAGGAUUCCCUCAUCACCACAGCAACAGCGCACUUAUUCUUAUGAUGACAUAGAUGUCCAAGGUCACGGUCACACUUACCAACAAGCACCUGUAGCCUAUAUCCUGACCGAUCAGGUGCCGACAGCCACUGAGCCGGUGUAUGAGACAGCGGUGGAUAGUGCUGUUUGUCCACUGUGUGGAGGGGUAGGUUACCACACCCAUACUGAACAGGAGGCAGCACCCCAGACAGCAACACCCGCAGUCGUGUACACACUACCACAGCCAGUCAGAAGGUCGAGACCAAGACCAAGAUCAAAAUCGGCUACCAGGUUGCGCCACUACUCCCCUGAAGGAAGAAGGCGGUCACGCUAUCUUGUCAGAGAGUAUCGUAGUGAGAGUGAGAGUGCUGAGUCAGAGGAAGAGAUGUAUCACAGAAGGAGCAGAAGUUCAGAUAGGAGGAGAAGAAGACCUGCUCGACGAUACAGAAAGGAGUAUGAGGACGCUCUAAACCAAUCACUUAAUUUGACAGAAGAAAUUGAUGACCUCACAACCAAGAUGAUGAGUACAGUUCGAGGUGAGCUGAAGCGGGCAAAGAAACACAAAGAUUUCGGUUCCUCUGUAUGGUGAAAUGUGGUCUUCUGUCUAUGGUGAUCUUCCAUCGACUCAUUAGGAAGUAUAGAUGGUAGUAGGUACCAUCAGUAGGACUGCAGGUCUAAAUUGACUACAGUAGAAUGAUGUACUCAUUAUCUAUCUCUGUAUUAAGAGACUGCCCUGCUACAUUAGAAAAAAAACGUUCUUCCAUACAUUUCUUACAAGAGAAUGAUGUUGCACUGCCUGAUAACAGAUCUAUACACAUCUCUGGAUGUCUACAUGAACAUUAUAGGACCGUGGUCACUUUGCCUUCAGUUAGGUACAUAGUGUGUAGCCUUGUUGUGUUGGUGUAGGGCUCUGUAAAGACUGCAGUGUAUUGAUGGUGUGUGCUUAGUUCAAUGUUGAGCACAACAGAGGUUUGGAUAGAGAGGAGAUGUUGAUUGGUCUCACAGAGCAUUCCAAAAAUGUAUCGGUGUAGAUGUGGAUAAUGCUGAGUGAAAUAGUGAAACAUACAAAGUUGAUGAGAACAAUACUCUGAACAUGGAAAACAACUAGAGAAUAUAUAAGUUAAUAUUUACAGACUGCCAUAUUUGUUGAGAAUGUAGUGUGCAUGAUGUAUUCAUGUAAACAUGAAUUGAAAGAGGUAUUAUAAGGUAAAAAGUGUAUUUACAAUACAGUUGGGCAACACAACCACUGGACGGUUUCAUUAAGGUUUGAUUGUAUGGUCAGUGAAAUUGUUCUCUCUCCUUUUCCCAAGAAGUGUUGAAAUAAAUUUACUAUUUGCCUGAACUUUGGUUAAGUGCAAUGAGCAAUAUGUAAGGGCCAGAGUGAGUCUGUGAGGAGAUAAACAUUUUGUCCCAUCUACUCUACUCUACACUCUACAGAGGUGUAAAACCUGCAAAAGAUUUCCAUUUUAUUAAAGUUAUAUGUAUGACUAACUUAUCUUCAGUUCAGAGGACAAGAUCAGUAUUACCAACUUAAAUUGCCGUCCAAGUUUACACAUACCAGUUGUAUUCAUCUAAUAAUGUUAUAUUUGUCCUCUACUGAGGUGUACAUUAGAAUAUUUAUGGUAUACCAGUAAGAUAGUAUCUGUUAUAUAACAUACCUACAAAGCCAGUACCAUGAAGAAGGAAGUUUGCUUGGUGUUCAUAAAUAAAUACAUAUAUGUAUGUAGUGAGGGGAAGGGCAGUUUUUGUGUCCUUUAUCAUCUACAUCUUUUUCUGGAAUCUACAAUACAGCUGUGAAAACUGUUUUAGACUUUAUCACUCAUAUGUUUUUACCUCUCCUCAAAAAUCCAUUCCUAAUUUAACAACAAGAUACAUUAAAAGUUGUAUUAAUUGAAAUCCCUUAUAAUUUAUGUUGUGCUUGCAAUUGCCCUUAAACUUCUUUGUAUAAUAAAACUUAAUUAACUCAUGCCUUUUGAAAAUAUUACCUAGCUAAUACCAGUAAAAAAAGAAAUCUUAACAUCUGGGUUUUUUUUUGAAUUUAUUUAUUUUCCAAUAUUCUGAUUGUGAUCUUUUGUGGCUGUUGUGACUGUAAGUGAUAAUUAAAUUAACAUUUUUAUUAUACUUGAAUUCCUAUCAUUGUGAAGAAGAAUGUGUAAUAUAAACUAGCUUUUUCAUUAAACAUUGAAUUACUUCAAUGUAUAUACAGAAUACCUCAAUUGUGUAGCUGUGUAUGGAAUCUUGGUUAUAGACUUUAGCUGGUGCAUGUAAAUAGAUUUUUUAUAUCAUUUGUAAAUUAGAACAUGUAUUUUGUGUUAUAUAGUAAGCAUUACAUAUUAUGCUGUAUCGUAAGUAUAUAUUGUAUAUAGAAUAUGGUACCAAUUAAUCAUGUGAUGAAUUAGUUAUAACACCAUUUCAUCACUGAAUGUGAAAUAAAAUCAAAUUGUAUUAUAUUUACUCACAUAGAACCAUUUUAGCUUUGGUACUAUAAACAUACAAUUUGGUAUUUUUGCAAACAAACAUUAUUAACUGAAGUAAUCUCUACAGAUGAGUGUUAUUUUAACCUGAGCACAAACCGUAACUGUUUAAUCAUUUUAUAGUAUGAUACUUCAAAGUAAAAUACAGUUCGUAUAAUUUUUGCCACAUUGGUAUCAUACAAAGAUUAAUAAUUGUAUCUUAUCUUAACGUGACGGAGAGCCCCAGGUUUUAUACGUUGUGAAUAAGUCUAUAUAUGGCAGUCAUAUAAUGAAGGACAUGCUGAACAAUAUUUAUAUAUAAUUACCCUCCAAGAGAUUGCAUUACUGUGAUAUAAAUUGUAUUUGUAAGUGAUUUGUAUCAUACCUUACUGGCAUAUUAUUUACACAUCAGUUUAUUUUAUUUGUGAUAUGUAGCAAACAUGAUCAAACAUACUAGUACUGUGAUUGACAUUUAUAAUUUUACAUAGUUUAUAUCCGUCCCACCAAUUAGCUCCGUCGAGUGUUGUAUCCGUCCCCAUUAGUCCCACCAAUUAGCUCCGUCGAGUGUUUUAUCCGUCCCCAUUAGUCCCACCAAUUAGCUCCGUCGAGUGUUGUAUCCGUCCCCAUUAGAAUCUACUGGCACAAAACAGUUGUAAGAAGCUCAUUACCGUUUACAUUUUUUUUACAUAUAUUUUAUUUAAUAUGUACAUUCUAUUUGAUUACAUAAGUUUAUACAUUUAGCACAGAAAUGAUUUUACUUUUUACAAAAUGUUCAAUUCUUUUCAUGUAUUUUUCUGUACCAAAAGUUUUAUAGCUACAUCCUUUUAAGUAGUAAUUUUAUAUUGUAGAUUAAAUACUUAAACUGUAUCAUGAAAAAAACGAUUUUAGAAGUACAAAUCUUUUAAUCAGAUUUAAGGUAGUUAUAUAAUAUAAGUUCUGAAUAUACACCUUUUGAUAACCUCCUUAUGCAGACAGAAUAUUUGCCUGAAAAAUGUGUUAAAUACGGUCAGAAUUAAAAUAUUUUUUAUUGGAAAAAAAUGAUUUCAAUAAUCUAGCAAUUAAUAUCAGUUACGGAACCAAUCUCCGCAAUGUAUACAAAUAUUUUGGUCGUUUAGGUCUAGAGAGCGAUACCAUACACACAUCAUGAUUACACAAAUCUUGCCAUUUAACAGUUUCUCAAAUAUUCUUUAAGAAAGGAAUAGUUACCUCCCUUGAUAGUUUUUCUUGGAAAUCUUCAAGUGGAUCAAUUUUGGUAGGUAUGUAACUUGAUAUCUUGGGUUUUAUUUUGAUAUUAUGUGAUAUGUAAUUGUAAUAGCAAUAUUUCAUUGGAAAUCAUUUUGAAAUGGGGUCGAGUUGUCGCCAUGUUCAAAAGCAUUUCAUAACACAAGUUUAUGGAGUCAAAACUAAAUGUUUCUAGUUAGAAACAAAGAUGAUGCCUCUUCUACAAAUCGAUUUAAUGCUUCUGAAAUCAUUACUUUUACAAAUAAUGUUUGUAUUAUCCAAUAAAAUUGAUAUUCACAAAGGUAUAGAAAUAAUAUAUCUAUAACUAAUGAUAGUCCUUUCAAUUGAACCUGUAAUUUCAAUAUAUUGUAAACAUACAUAAUUAUUUAAUCAGUCUUGUUUCUACUACUUUUGAGGCUUAACAAAUUUGCACUUAAAAUGUGUUGUAUGCUUUAUAACAAUAGUGCAAGUACACAAUUCAUCCAACUGUGUAUUUGUUAAAACCACUAAAGUUUAAGGAUUCCAAAUGUGUAUGCUCCCAAUAUUAUAUAAUUUGUUAUGAGUUUGGGACUUUACAUGUACUCGUUAUCUAUAAGGUAUCUGAGAGUAAGAACUGUAAUAUAGUCUUGCACUUUGUAUUCAGUUGGUAUAGAAGUGUUGUAUGGAUGGGUCCUCGCACUAUUGUAUUCCUGGUGUUUACCAUAGGCAUACAGACAACAAAUUGUGAUAUUGCUUUGUCUGACCAUUAAGAGGAUAAUUUUUUUUUUUUUUAAACCUGUGCAUACAUGAUUACUAAGCAGUCACAAUUAAAAUAUAUUUAUGUACAAUAA